UCUUUGCUAACUCCUCCCCAGAGCAGCGGGCUGCCUGGCCUGUGUGAAAAGCAGCGGUGACCACAGAGGUGGUGGAGAGAUGGCUUUCAACAGCGUCCAGCCUCCCUUCUUGAGCCCGGUUGUCCCCUUCUAUGGGUCCAUCCAAGGGGGCCUCCAGGAUGGACUUCAGAUCACUGUCAAUGGGACAGUUCUUUACACCAGUGAAACCAGGUUUUCUGUGAACUUGCAGACCGGCCGCAGUGACAAUGACAUUGCCUUCCACUUCAACCCUCGGUUUGAAGAGGGAGGGUAUGUGGUCUGCAACACGAAGCAGAAUGGAUACUGGGGGCCCGAGGAGAGGAAGAUGCAAAUGCCCUUCCAGAGAGGGAGUCCGUUUGAGCUCUGCUUGCUGGUGCAGAGUUCCGAUUUCAAGGUGAUGGUGAACGGGAGCCUCUUUAUACAGUACCCACAUCGUGUGCCCUUCCACCGCGUGGACACCAUCUCCGUCACUGGCGCUGUGGUGCUGUCCUAUGUCAACUUCCAGAACACCCGCGCAGCCCUUGUCCAGCCUGUCUUCUCCAGGGUGCAGUACUCCCAGGCUGCCACUUCCUCACACAAGCCCAAGGGGCGCAAACCAAAACCUCCAGGGUAUUGGCAGUCCCAGACAGCUCCCAUUGCUCAAACGAUCAUCCACUCUAUGAAGAGCACCCCUGGACAAAUGUUCUCUAACCCUGUAACCCCACCUCCGGCAUACAGCAACCCCACCUAUCCGAUGCCUUUCUUUACCGCCAUCCCGGGUGGGCUGUACCCCUCGAAGACCAUAGUCAUAUCGGGCACCAUCCUGCCCAAUGCUAACAGGUUCCACAUCAACCUGCGCUCGGGGAGUGACAUCGCCUUCCACCUGAACCCCCGUUUCGAUGAGAAUGCUGUGGUCCGAAACACGCAGAUCGGCAGCUCUUGGGGGUCUGAGGAGCGGAGCCUGCCCCGAAAAAUGCCCUUCCUUCGAGGCCAGAGCUUCACGGUGUGGAUCAUGUGUGAAAGCCACUGCCUCAAGGUGGCUGUGGACGGUCAGCACCUGUUUGAAUACUACCACCGCCUGAGCAACCUGCCUGCCAUCAACAACCUGGAAGUGGGGGGUGACAUCCAGCUGACCCAUGUACAGACAUAGGCAGGAUCUGUGGCCCUGGGGACAGGGCCUGGGGCAUGUUGCUGCCUGGAGCUGUGCAUCGUCUCCCGCUUCUCUGUCCCUGCCCCAGCCUCAGCCCUUCCCAGCCUGCCGAGGGCCUGGGGCUUUUCUGCAGAGCCCACCUUCGUCCUUGUCCGGCCCUGCUUCUGACUGUAGUUAGCCUGGAGUGAAGAAAGCAGCUGGCUAGGACUGCUUUCCUCAGUCAGGGCAGCACCCGGGGCUCCAGCUGCCCAGAUCCUACUAUCCAAGGAGAGUGGUGGUCUGUGUAAGCUGAAGCCCCAUGUCCAGUCGCCUCGGCAGAAAGGGAGGGAGGGUCCUGGGCUUCCCACGCUCCCAGCCCAGGCCUACCCCCGUCUACCUCUCAAUCCCAUCCCCACACUCCAUUCAAGUCCACCUCCAGCCCAAGCCAUCAGCUGGUCACUCACAGGGGAGGCCAUCUCCUUGGUGCCUCCCCUUUCUCCAGCCUUUAACCUCUCCUGCACCCUGCUCCAAGCCUUCUCCCGCUCCAGGAAAGUGACUUUGGUUAACACUGGCUGGUCACCACCAACUGAUAGGGACCUUUCUCAGCUGGGGGCUUCCCCCCUUUCCAGCAUCCUUCAAAUAAAGAGAGAAAGAAAAAUGAACAUA